UGACGCUGGAAGGUCAGCUCAGGGGAUGAUAUUUUGGUGAUUUGAGUGGUUAAUGUUUAUUUUGACUUUAUAGUUUAUUUUGUGAUUUCAUAGUUUAAAUGUGUAUUUCUGUAUGGUGAAUUUCUUAAUUUGUUUGCCGUUUGUAUUUUAUUAUUAUUCUAUCGUUGAAGUUGAGGUCAUGUGAUCCUGUGUGUGCUGAUUAAUUCAGCUGGACGUGUUAGCGUCAAUGUAAUGAUGUGAUGUGAAACUAAGACCGCAGGAUAGUGCUCCUGACUUAAAUCUACUGUUGGUUACCAGGCGAAUACGUUUUCACGGUGUCUCUGGAAUAAAUAAACAAAAAUGGACAUCAGUACUUCGGAAGCGUGGACUGUUUUGUAAUCAGCGAGUAGUUACAGUGAAAACGUAACCUAAUUCCAUUCUACCGACUACGAGAUGUGCUUUGGCGGUGAUCCUCCAGUUUCGGCGAGCAGCCUGCCACUUCCAAGUCUCUGCACGCGGAUGAACUGUUUUCCGUGGUGAUCGCCGAUGCUGCUGUCUUCGGUGUGCGGAUCUGUUGUGCCUUCCUUGGACUUCGCGUGCCGUUCGAUUGUGUCCCGUGGUGAACUUAAAGGACUUGGCGUGCAGUGUUUGCCUUCUAUGAUGGACCGUUGCGAGCUUUAGUGUGCAAAUCUGCUACAUGACCGUCAAUGGAGGAUCUUCUCACGCAACUUUGUGUCAGCUGCGUAUCAGCAGGUUAGAUGUGCAAUGUCAAAUGAUCCUUUUUGUAAAUGAUGGAUAGUUUUAAGUAAAAAAAAAAAAAAAAAAAAAAAAAAAGUUCCAGAGAUAACUGAUUCUUAACUGCAUGAUUGUAAUGUGUUUAAGAUUUCUUAAGUAGAUAAAUGUCUAAGUGUUAAGGGCAUUUAAGUUAAUUUGUUACUCAGUCUAAGAUUGUUUCACUACUAUCUAUUGCGAUCAUAAACGUCAUAUUUUGUACUAUUUGUAAAAGCACAAAUUUUUAGAGAAAAAUGUCAGUCCAGGGUGAGUCAGCUGAACAAAAUGAUUCUCCAUUAUCAGAGCAAGUAGAUUUAUUGGCAGAGAAUUUGGAUGGUGUUGUGAGGCCUCGACAUGUAUCAUGUGCAUCAUGCACCGAGAAAUCUGAGGCAAGGCGUAAAGAGCUUAAUUCUGUGUUAUUAGAGACGACUGAAAUCAGAAAAUCCUCCCGUGAUAAACGUUUAACUCCAAAGAUGCAGGAGUUAAAAGAGCAAGAACUGAUUCAAAAGGAGAGGAAGUUUAAAUCUGUAUAUGAGAAAUGGAAGUCUCAAGCCAGAGAUGUUCGUUCAAAGUUAAAACGUGAGUGCUCUGAAAAAGACUUGUGUGACAUGAUGGAUGAGGUUGAGAGGCAAGAGUUUGAAUUGAAAGAGUUAUAUGAUAACAUGCGACUCCAAGCACCACCAAGCCAAGAAACUAGGAGAAAAAUUGAUGCAUGUUCGGCUGUAACGGCAGACUUGAUGAAAUUAAUGAGGGUACGCAUGGUGGAAGAUGGCAUAGAAUUUGAUGCUGAAGCUGAGAGAGCAAGGUUACGUAUGCUACUGGACUGUGAGUACGCUAGGUCUAUAUAUGGAUCCACGGUGGGUAGAGCUACGGUCGUUAGCAAUCAUUCUAAACCUGCAUCGGAGUCUGAAAGCAUUUCAGCUAAGAGAGCAGAGACUGCCGCGCUGUUGGCCGCGAAAAAGGCUGAAGUGGAAAUGGAGGCUGACAUCGAAGCACAAAGGCAGCAACUGAAGAAGCUGGAAGAUCGUAGAGACAUUGAGGUUAUGGAGGCAAGGCUCAGAGUGUAUACUGAGGAGGAGUCAAGGAUAAAAAGUCAACGGGUGUGA